GCCACGCAUGCGCCUAAUCCAAUUUGACAGAAGUUCCGGUGGAAGCGUUCGGCGAUUUAUUUCAAGAAGGAGUGUAUUUGAGAAGCAGCAGAAUGGCGUAUAAUUACGUCGUAACAGCUCACAAACCGACAGCAGUAAAUGCAUGUGUUACAGGAAAUUUCACAUCUCCUGAUGAUCUUAAUCUGAUCAUCGCAAAGAAUACUAGGAUGGAGAUUUACUCAGUAACACCAGAAGGGCUGCGUCCUGUGAAGGAAGUUGGAAUAUAUGGUCGCAUAGCAGUCAUGGAGCUGUUUCGUCCACAGGGGGAAAACAAAGACCUUCUCUUUGUCCUCACAGCACGCUACAAUGCCAUGAUUCUAGAAUAUCAACAAGAUGGGGAGACAACUGAGAUUAUUGCACGAGCUCAUGGCAAUGUUCAGGACCGUAUUGGCAGACCAUCAGAAACAGGCAUCAUUGGAAUAAUUGAUCCACAGUGUCGUGUCAUUGGACUUCGUCUCUAUGAUGGCCUGUUCAAAGUCAUCCCCCUAGAAAGAGAAAACAAAGAGCUGAAGGCUUUCAACAUCAGGCUGGAGGAGUUAAUGGUGAUUGACAUGCAGUUCCUUCAUGGCUGUGCCACACCCACAGUAGUUCUUGUACACCAGGACCAUCAUGGACGGCAUGUGAAGACUUAUGAGAUAUCUCUGAGGGACAAAGAAUUUCAGAAAGGACCAUGGAAACAAGAUAAUGUUGAAACAGAGGCUUGCAUGGUUAUAGGAGUCCCAGAACCCUAUGGAGGAGCUAUCAUCAUUGGCCAAGAGUCAGUAACUUAUCACAAGGGAGAGAACUACAUCCCGAUAGCCCCACCAGUGAUUAAGCAGAGUGCAUUGACAUGCUAUGGUCGAGUAGAUGCAAAUGGAUCACGCUACCUUUUGGGUGACAUGGCAGGUCGUCUGUUUAUGCUGUUGCUCGAGAGAGAGGAAAAGAUGGAUGGAUCUCAUGUCGUGAAAGAUCUUAAAGUGGAACUGUUAGGGGAGACAACAAUUGCUGAAUGCAUUACAUACCUGGACAAUGGUGUAGUAUUCAUUGGUUCCAGAUUUGGAGAUUCUCAGCUUGUAAAGUUGAAUGUAGAGCCAGAUGAAAAUGGGUCAUUUGUUCAAAUCAUGGAAACCUUUGUCAAUCUGGGUCCCAUCGUGGAUAUGUGUGUGGUUGAUCUGGAGCGCCAAGGGCAGGGACAGCUUGUGACAUGCUCCGGCGCUUACAAAGAAGGCUCACUUCGCAUUAUAAGAAAUGGAAUUGGCAUCCAUGAGCAUGCAAGUAUUGAUCUGCCAGGAAUUAAGGGUAUUUGGGCUUUAAAAAAGAACUCUGAAGUGUUUGACAACCUGCUUGUUAUGUCCUUUGUGGGGCAGUCUAGGGUCCUGAUGCUGAGUGGAGAAGAAGUGGAGGAGACAGAGCUGCCUGGUUUUGAUGGGGACAGUCAGACAUUUGUUUGCAUCAACAUCACCCCUGACCAGAUGCUUCAGAUAACUCAGCGAUCAGUGCGUCUAGUCAGUUUGACAGACCAGGGAUUGCUGUGUGAAUGGACAAUUCGCCCAGAAGGCCGUAACAUCAGUCUGGCCAGCUGCAACACUACACAGGCAGCCAUUGCUGCUGGGUCAGAGCUGCACUAUCUAGAGCUUGCUCCAGGCAAAAUCACACACGUUGGCCAUACAGUGAUGGAGCAUGAGAUUGCAUGUUUAGACAUAACCCCGCUGAAGGAGGGAGAAGGGCGUGCACAGUUGAUCGCUGUGGGCCUGUGGACAGAUAUUUCAGCCCGCAUCCUUAGAUUGCCAUCUUUUGAGAGUCUGCAUGUGGAAAUGCUUGGUGGCGAAAUCAUUCCACGAUCGAUACUGAUGUCAACAUUUGAGGGGCUUCACUACCUGUUGGUUGCUUUAGGAGAUGGAUCAUUGUUUUACUUUUCUCUCAACCCUGACACAGGUAUGCUAAGUGAGAAGAAGAAAGUUACUCUUGGAACACAGCCUACUGUGCUUCGACCUUUUCGCUCACUGUCCACAACAAACGUGUUUGCUUGUUCUGACCGACCCACUGUUGUCUAUUCCUCUAACCACAAGCUGGUGUUUUCUAAUGUCAACUUGCGGGAAGUCAAUCACAUGUGCCCUUUGAACUCGGAGGGUUAUCAGGACAGUUUGGCACUGGCAAAUGAUAGCACUCUUAUGAUCGGCACCAUUGAUGAGAUCCAAAAACUUCACAUAAGAACUAUUCCUCUUGGAGAAUCACCAAGGAGAAUAGCAUACCAAGAAGCUUCACAGACUUUUGGGGUAAUAUCUAUGAGAACAGACAUUUCUGAGAGUAGUGGUGGUUCAGGGGCAGGUCCCAUACGACCAAGUGCCAGCACACAGGCCCAGACAAUUAGCAGUAGCACUGGCAGCAGUGUAGCAAAGCCUCUUGGAAUUUCAUCGGCCAGUGGUGGUGACAUGAAUGACUUUGUCUGUGGGGAUGAGCAGGAAGUGCACUCGCUACUCGUCAUUGACCAGCAUACAUUUGAAGUUCUGCAUGCACAUCAGUUGAUGCCCAAUGAGUGUGCAACAAGCCUCAUCUCAGCUCGGCUUGGUGAUGACCCCAACACAUACUAUAUUGUGGGCACAGCGCUUGUACACCCAGAAGAGGCUGAGCCAAAGCAGGGACGGAUCAUUGUCUUCCAUUAUGCAGAAGGUAAAGUAACACAGGUGGGAGAAAAAGAAAUCAAGGGUGCAGCAUAUUCCAUGGCCGAGUUUAAUGGAAAGCUGCUUGCCAGCAUCAAUAGCAGUGUUCGACUGUUUGAGUGGACAGCAGAAAAGGAGCUUCGUCUGGAGUGUAGUAACUUCAACAGCAUCAUCGCUCUUUACAUCAAGACGAAAGGCGAUUUCGUUUUGGUUGGCGACUUAAUGCGCUCUUUGACUCUUCUGGCAUACAAACAACGUGAAGGAUGCUUUGAAGAGAUUGCUCGAGAUUGCAAUCCCAACUGGAUGACUUCGAUUGAAAUUCUGGAUGAUGACAACUUUUUAGGAGCUGAAAACUCCUUCAACCUCUUCACAUGCCAGAAAGACAGUGCUGCUCCCACUGACGAAGAACGAUCACAAAUGCAAGAGGUUGGACUGUUUCACUUAGGAGAAUUUGUCAACAUGUUUCGACAUGGGACGCUUGUGAUGCAGCAUGCAGGGGAGAGCACUACACCAGUCCAGAACACAGUGCUAUUCGGUACUGUUCAUGGAGCUGUGGGUCUAGUGGCACAGCUUCCUCAAGAAUUUUUUAUGUUUUUGUUGGAAGUUCAGAAUCGCCUCGCUCAAGUCAUCAAAAGUGUUGGCAAAAUUGAACACUCCUUCUGGAGGUCAUUCCACACAGAAAGGAAGACAGAGCCAGCACAGGGCUUCAUUGAUGGUGACUUGAUCGAGAGCUAUCUUGAUUUGUCACGUGACAAAAUGCAGGAGGUGGUGCAGGGACUGCAGAUUGAUGAUGGUAGUGGCAUGAAGAGAGAUGCAACUGUAGACGACCUUGUGAAAACUGUGGAGGAGUUGACACGGAUUCACUAGCAUCUUUCUGUAAAUUGCAUCAUGUAUGGAGUUCUGGUAUGGAGUUCAGCAUUCUGGUGUGAUAAGCACAGGAAAUAUGCCACUGCUUCUACAGACCCGUUUUCGCUGAACUUCUUGAUGAUUUUUUUAACAGUUCAUUUGCUCAUGCAUAUGUUUGACGAGUGUUUGGAUACCUGCUUUCGUGAGCAUGGGAUUUGGAUACCUGCUCUGUGACUGUAAGUGGACAGUAACAGUCUUACAGAGAUGGUGGCAGUUGUUCCUGGAGUGUUAUAGGAGAGUGUGACGUGUAACUUGACACAAUGAAAUAAUUGACUGGGCAGAUAUUUAAAACUUUUAAAAAUAUUUUUGGGAGCUAGAGGGUUGGUCGUAAGUUUACCAACCAGUUCAGAUUUAGCCUGUUGUCUGUGACUGCCCCACAGAAUGAGAAAUGAACACCUUGUGUGCAGAUUUACGUGUUCUGUUUAUAAAUUAAAAUAAAUCUUUAAAAGAGUUUUUCUGCUGUGUUUGAUGCUUCAUGAAAAAAACUGGCUUGCUAUUGGCUAUAGGUUUUCAGUCGGAGGGCUCAAUAGUCCCAAGAUAAGACAAUGAUGUUAGAGCAAACUUGUGUUAGAUGCACACAGCAUGGUUGUCUGUCAGACUGCAUGUUCAGAAUGAUGAAAUGUUCAGACAUUCAUGAACCUUUGUGGAUAUAAAGAUUCUGAGUGCUCUGAUACUGAAUCACUGAAUUGUUUAGGUAUUGAAGUAUGAACCAGACUAUUUCUAGACAAAAUAUUUGUGUAUGUGUGCAGGUAUGCCUGUAUCUGCAUGUUGGAAAGUUGUUUUGAAAGUGUGCAAAUUGUAAAGGAAGUUGAGAUUCAAAGUAGAGAAGCUUGGUGGAAUUUCUGUAUUAUCCCUGUUCAAGUGGCUGACAUAAAAAGUUAGUAAGUUCAAAAGUCUUUAAGCCUGUUCUAAAAAUUUUCACAGUAUCAUGCAAGCCAAAUGCUUGGUGCUUGAGUUAUUGGUAUUCCGUAGUGGCAUUUCUUAAAAUAUUUUAUAUACUUAUGUAUCUAAUAUUUCCACCUCCUCCCUUUACUGUUUCUUUUAAUAUUAGACUGCUUAGUGUUCUACAGUAUGUAGGCCAUAAUUUAUUACUAGUUCGGGUCAAAUGGGAAGGACAAAUGUUCACACAACUUGUAAGUGUCCAUUCAUUGGUCACAAAGUCUCAUGCAUGUAAAUAAGCAAUAAUUAUUACACACGACCCUGUCAGAAUUUUCCGUGAAUCAAGAACAAUCUGGUGGCACACCAGUUAACGCCUGUUAUCAGUUUGGUGAUGCUAUCAUUGGUUCAGAUCUCGUCUUGGGCACACUGUUCUUUCUUUGCAUGUGGCACCUGUUUAUAGGUUCAGAUACUUUCUGUGAUGUAGAAUUAGUUGCUGCCUUUGUAUAAAACACCAAUUUCCCCCUCCCCUCAUUGAAAUCAAACUUUCAGUGACAACACAUCAACAAACAAGUUAGUAUUUUUUUUUCCUCUUUCAGCUCCACUCUUUGAAGGUCCCAUCACCUUUUUGAAAUUAGAUUAAAACUUUCAUAUCAAAAGUGAGUUAUCUGGAAUGGAUUUUUGCAUCAAAGCUUGUUGAAUCGGACUUUCGUGUCUAAGCGAAAUACCGUAAAAGAGCUUUUUGCAUUGUCUUGUGCCUUUGUACAUGAUGCUAUUUAAGUUCUGCAUACCUACAUAUCAGAACAUUUAAAUUUUUGACACAUCUCAUCACGUCAGAGGUGUGUGUGUGUGUGCAUGCCUGUGUAUGUUGCAAGAUUAGACAGUUAUUUGUUUAUAGAUGUUGGUUUUUCUGUAUCUGAAAAAGUGCCAGGUAGUUGUGUUAAACAGGUAUUUUAUGGAACAAUGGCAUUCAUUCAGGAAAAAAAAGUCAUUUAAGAUAUGC